UUAAAUGUAAUAUUUAAGUGAAUUUGAGUUAUCAUUGCAUAAGAAUGUCCGAUAAGUUUGAAGAAAGUAUUGAACUGAUGAAGAAUGAGAGGACAGGAAUCGCCACCAUUUGUAUCAAUAAUUACAAGAAGAGAAAUGCACUCAACGAUGAAUUGAUGGAACAGUUAUCGGAAGUGAUCACUGAAUUGGAAAAGUGGUCAACAGGAAAGGCUGUCAUAAUCUAUGGCACAAACGGAUUCUUUUCUUCGGGAGUUGACCUGAAUUUUGUGCGAAAACACUCUUCGAUUGCGGAAUCGGGUUAUCAUUACAGCCGACUAAUGCACUCCAACUUAAGUCGUCUCCAAUGUCUACCGAUACUAACUGUGGCCGCAGUGGAGGGCCAGGCGUUGGGCGGCGGCGCUGAGAUACUGACCGCUUGCGAUAUAAGGAUAGCGACCAAAAGUGCCAAAAUUGCAUUCUUACAGAUCUGUAUGGGAGUGACCACUGGCUGGAGUGGCGGCACACGACUCGUCCAUUUGUUGGGUCCCACAAAAGCGUUGGAUCUGUUGGCCUCCGGCCGUGUGGUCACCGCUGAUGAAGCGCUCGCAAUCGGUUUUGUGAAUUGCGUGUUCGACGACAUGACAACUACCGAUCAGUUUAUCCAAGAGAUCGUUCAAUGGCUCAAAGAAUAUAUUAAUUGUACCAGUCAUAGCGGCGGAUAUUCACACGAGGCUGUCGUAUAUGCGCUUAAAGAUGUUGGCUAUCGGCUCAUCGAUACCGCCAAACGCUACGGAACGGAAAAACUCAUCCAUCAGGCAAUUGAAGAGAGUUGUAUUCCAAGAGAAGAGCUUUUUUUGACGACCAAACUUUGGCCAACAGAUUAUGGUUUUGAGACAACAAAAGCUGCGAUUAGAGGAUCGCUCGACAGAUUGGGUGUCGAUUAUAUCGAUCUGUUUUUAAUCCAUUGGCCCGAAGUGUNUCCAAGAGAAGAGCUUUUUUUGACGACCAAACUUUGGCCAACAGAUUAUGGUUUUGAGACAACAAAAGCUGCGAUUAGAGGAUCGCUCGACAGAUUGGGUGUCGAUUAUAUCGAUCUGUUUUUAAUCCAUUGGCCCGAAGUGUCGUCAAAAUGCGCCGAUAAGUGGCAAACACUGGCCGACACGUGGCGGGCGAUGGAGUGUCUGUACGACUCGGGUUUAUGCAAAGCGAUUGGUGUCAGUAAUUAUGGGAUCGACGAGUUUGAGAGGCUGUUAGGCGAGGCCAGCGUUUUGCCGCAUAUCAACCAAAUAGAGUUUCAUCCGUUUCACAAUCCAAUCGAUUUGCGUCAGUAUUGCGAUGACUGCAAGAUUCAAAUACAGGGCUAUUCGCCAUUAGGCGAGGGAUAUCUGGUUAAUGAGCCGAUUAUUGUAGAGAUGGCCAAAAAGCAUAGCAGAACCGCCGCCCAGAUUCUGAUCCGGUGGUCGAUCCAGAACUCUGUGCCCACAAUUCCCAAGUCUACUAAACAGAGU